GCCGGAAAGAUAACACGGGAAUCAAAAAAUUUCAUAUCAUUAUUCAUUCAUAUUAUCAUAUUGUGCAUGAAUAUUGUUCAGUAAAAUAUGAUGAUCAUCGUGACAAAGUAAUAAAUAAUAAUAAUAAAGUACCUAGUGGCUAGCCAAGAGAUAUUCGUGGAGUUUUGUAUCAGUUGGAAUUUGAUUGUGUUGCAGCAGUUCAUCUAUAACGUAAAUUAUUUGUAUUAAGUAGGCUUUCAAAGGACGGCUCAUUAUUAAUCGAUUGACAGUAGUAAAUCAAUGCGGGAACUAGUUUGGUGGAUUGAAAUUUAGAACAAUUUAUAUUGUUGUACGGUAUUUGUUGUUGGACAAAUAAAUGGAGUCAUCAGAAGAAAUAAAUGGUCAUGGCGAGACCAAAAAUGAAACAAAAGUAGCAGAUAGCGCUGUGAAAGAAGAGACUUCUGAAUGUACUGUUAAGGAGAUAACGACCGAAAGUUCCGCUGAAGAGCAAAUCACAGAAUCUGUCGUAAAAGAGGAAACCUGUGAUUUGAUUCCUGAUUCCCCAUCUGUUGAGUUCACUAUCAUACACAACAAAGAUAAAUAUAUGGUUUCCAUGCCAUUAUCAUCCACAAUUGCACAACUUAAAAACAAACUGGUCGACAUGAUAGGCGUUCCAAGCAAGAUGCAAAAAAUCAUGAUCAAGGGUUUGGCCAAAGAUGACCAAACUCUAGAGUCUUUGAAUGUUAAUUCCUCUUCCAAAAUAAUGGUAGUUGGUGCCAAAUUACAAGAUAUUGUAGCUGUAUCUGUAGCGAAUGUUGAGGAGGAAUCGAGUUCAUCUAAAUCGGGUUCAUCGGUUAAAGAACCUUUAUGUAAGAAAAAAUUACAUCUUAAAGUGUUAGAACGAGGUAUUCCUGAUGAUGCUUUAGUUGGAAUUUUAAAUAUUAAGGAUCCGUUACCACCACAUCCUUUGAGUGGAAUGCUUAAUAAGCAUGGAGGAAAAGUAAGACUGACAUUUAAAUUGGAAGUGGAUCAACUUUGGAUAGGUACUAAAGAACGAACUCAAAAGGUAGCCAUGAAUACAAUUAGGCAUGUGGUUAGUGAACCAAUUGAAGGCCAUGAAGAGUAUCAUAUAGUGGGUUUCCAGUUGGGAACAACAGAAGCAUCUCGUUACUGGGUAUAUUGGGUACCAGCACAGUAUGUAGACUCCAUUAAAGAAGCUAUAUUUGGUGGUUGAUCGUGUUGUUUUGAUUCUAGUCGAUUUUUUCCAUACAACGCUUAUUAUUAUAUACAUUCAUUAAAAACGUAUUAUGUAUAUGAAUGAUUUAUUUAAUUUUAACAGCUCAAAAUUUUGCUUUCUAUAAUUAUUCUUGAAAAACUUUCAUACCAGAUUGUAUUUAUAAAAAAUAUUAUUUUGUUUUCCAAUUUUGUAAACUAUAAAUACACAUUUCCUGAACAAAUGAUGAAUAUUUCGAUUAUGUAUAAAGUAAAAAUCAAGUUCCUCGAAAUAACAAAUUGUGUAUUUAUGUUUUCAUUGUUUAAAACCGUUAAAUGUAUGAUUUUCAAAUUUGAGCGUUUAUUUUACUCAAUUUAAGUAUGAUGUAUUUUGUACAAGUAAUAUAAAAACUUUAAGUUUUCUGAUAUAUGUUGCUUUUUUUAAUCAUAUAUUCAGGUAUACAGUAUUUAUUAAGAUGUUGUAUAAUUUAUUUGAUGUGAUGCCAACAUUUUUUGAAUAAACUCAAAUCAGAAAGAUUA